UUCUUUUGUUGUUUCAAAACAGAUUUCAGUAGCUGCAAUUAUGUCUUGACUGGUCUUGUGGCUAGUUAUCAAUAGCCUCAUGGAUUCUCUUUGGACCUAAGCAAUCUUUUAUUUUAGUGCUUUGCAUGACACAAUUAUGACUGAAAAUAUAGAGGAUGUAAAAUAAGAAGUGGACCUGAAUGCUGCUGCCCUCUUAUCAAUCUUACAAAUGAACGAAUUGCACAUCAUCUGGUUAUGGUACCCAUGGCAUCCCAAUCAACAGGAUAUGGGCAGGGAGGACUAGAGACGGACGUACCUUUGGCAAUAUAUGCACAAAGUGUCUGCUCUUUGAAAAAGUUGAACUACUGAAAUAGUGGCACCCAAUACCUCCAACAAAUUGAGGAAUUCAAGGGAAGAUUUUACCUUAGAACCAUGGCCCCAAGUCAAAGCCGAAAGGCAUUUGAGAGGAUAGUUUCUGAUAAUCCUAGCAAAAGUGAAAGUUCCAAAAGGGGGAGAGAUAUAGUGGACAACUCCUUUGAUAAUUUCGAUGAUCAGACUCGAGUCAUGGCGAUAGCAGCAGCAGAGAUUCAAGCUAGUUUGGCUCCAGAAUUUCCUAGCUUCUGGAAGUUAAUGAAGCCCUCUCAUGUUACCAAAGGAUUUUGGCUGGGUCUUCCUUCGGAAUUUUGUCAAUUAUACUUGCCAAGGUGUGAUGCAGCAGCGGUUUUAGAGGAUGAAAGUGGGUAUGAAUACAAUACAAAUUACCGCAAGGAGAAAGCGCUUAGUGGUGGAUGGAGAGGGUUCUCCAUUGCCAAAAAAUUGGUUGACGGUGAUGCUGUAGUUUUCCAUCUUGUUAGCCAACACAACCCUAUCAAAUUCAAGGUGUACAUACUGAGAGCAAAGGAUUUUGAGGUAGCCGAUGCCCUAAGCCUUCCAAAUUCUGGUUCUCGUGCAAAAGAAACAGGUUUUGGAGCUUAUGCAGAGAAGAACAAUGAAACAUGUGAGAAGGAAGAAAAAAAGCGCCCAAGGCUUGAACUAGAUGAUGAAUCACAUUCUGAUUGGAGCAAUAUUCACUCCUCAGACACAACAGAAGGUUCCAAAUUUUUCAGAUCUGUUCCAAGUAUCGAGGACUUCAACAUUGUUGUGAAUGGUAUAACAAUUGACUCGCUUGCAACACAUGUGCGGACUAAGUACUACGAUCUCUGCUGCAACCAGAAAUCAAUCAUCCAUCAGGGCCUUUUAUAUAGUAAUAUGGCAGCCGAAAUCAUAUCAGAGACCGUUAAUAUUGUUGAUGCAAUUAGAGCUUCCCUGAUUUCCACCUCGCCAACUGACUUCGCGUUGUGGGACAAGACUUUGGAAGCCUUUGGACUGUUGGGAAUGAAUGUACGAUUUUUACGUGAUCGGUUGAGUAGACUCAUGAUUGUCUCGUCAGAAUCAACAGAGGUCUUAAAGAGGUAUGAAGAAACAAGUAUUGAGCGAGAUUUUGUGCAACGGGAGAUGAAAAGUCUCGAACUAAAGCUUUUGGAAAUGAAACAAGAUAGGAGAAGGCUUGAUGAUGAGAUGGAGGAUUUGAAGGCGAAAGCCCAGAAGAAUGAGUGUUUGUACCAGAAAGAGGCAAUUGCCCCAUGGUGAUAUCUUAUUCUGAAUUGAGCCAAAAAGACCUUCCAUCUAAGAUCUUGAGCACGAUGUUCUGACUGAUGGGAAAUGAGUAUAUUACCAGGGUAAGAUUUUUGUACUUGGGCUAGCCACUAUCCUUCUGUCAAAUUACAUGACCUUAGAGUAGUUUAAGGAGGAAGUUGUAGAGUUUCUCAAGUCAUUUAGUAUAGCAAGAUAUCUAAGAAGAAAGUGAGAGAAUGAUGCGAAAUUUUGGAUCACCAUCAUCGUAUAGAAACUAACUAGUUUAUGUAAAUAUUGGCUCUGUAAUAACGCUCUCUCUC